AAAACAAGGUUAGUAAUAAGUACACUAUAUAUUUGAGUGCUACUUACUAGUACAACAACAGAUUGCCAUAAAAAUACAGUUGUAACGAAAUUUGAUUUUAUAUUUACAGUGUUUUAUAUUCUGAAGGGCGUAUUAUUAGGAAAUUGGAGCAAACCGAAAUAAAGCCAUAAAACAAACGUGUAAGUUCCUAUGAUUUAAAAAUGGAAGAACCAUCGUAUUAUAAAUAUUGCCUAACCCCACAGUGCAACAAUACAACGGUAACUACGCCUAGUAAAUUGUUCAUUAGGUUACCCCCUGACAAAAAGAAACGAGAAACGUGGUUGAAAGCCUGUAAAAGAGAUCCAACUAGUGUUUCUUCGUCUAGCAGAGUGUAUAUAUGUGAGGAUCACUUUAGUUUGGAGGAAGAUAUGGAAAAUUUUAUGAAAUUUAAAAUGGUAGGGGGCAAUAUCAAGAUGAAACGUAAUGUUGUUCCACACAUCUUUGACUGUCAAAAGGAUAGAGAAAGGGGGUUGACGCAUUUAGACGAUCCAGCAGCAGUUAAAAGGGUCAAACGUAAAAUCGUAGAGGAUGACAAUGAAUCGUCUUUUCAAGACGUUCCGUCAACAUCAAGGGUACUGGUAAUUGCUGAAGAUAUUCCUCGGAGGAAGCAAGAGGUACCUGUUAAACAUAAUUUUGGCGUAAUGGCUAAGCCGUCCGUAAGGAGUAAAAGCAUUCAGUGUCGCAUUAGUGUCGGAAAAAGUGUUGCUUUGUCACCUAUAAAACAAGAGUCUUGAUAGAUGGCUAUGAAUCUGAGCCUUUAGAAAAUAAAUUAAUGAUAGGUUUUAGUUUUAGUGAAACAUUAAAAAAAUAAGUUUUUGUUAAAAAGUG